GGCGGCGGCGGCGGCGGCGGCGGCGGCUGAGGGGCGGGAGCCCUGAGCGGGGCCCCGGGGACCAUGUCCGGGAGGGGCCCCAACAAGCUCUCCACCACCGACAGGAUCAUCAAAGCCGUCCCAUUUCCUCCGACGCAGCGACUCACACUGAAGGAAGUAUUUGAGGAUGGGAAGCCCAAGCUUGAUGUCUUGAAAAGCCACUUGGUGAAGGAAGGGCGGCUGGAAGAGGAUGCGGCUUUGAAGAUUAUCAAUGAUGGAGCAGCUAUCCUGAGACAUGAAAAGACAAUGAUAGAAGUGGAGGCCCCAAUCACAGUGUGUGGUGACAUCCAUGGGCAGUUCUUUGACCUGAUGAAAUUGUUUGAAGUUGGAGGAUCUCCCAACAACACUCGCUACCUCUUCCUGGGUGACUAUGUGGACAGAGGCUACUUCAGCAUAGAGUGUGUGCUGUACUUAUGGAGUUUAAAGAUUAAUCACCCCAAAACUCUGUUUCUGCUUCGAGGAAAUCAUGAAUGCAGGCACCUGACAGAAUACUUCACCUUCAAACAAGAAUGUCGAAUCAAAUAUUCUGAGCGGGUGUAUGAUGCAUGUAUGGAUACCUUUGACUGUCUUCCUCUUGCUGCCCUCCUAAACCAGCAGUUUCUGUGUGUACAUGGAGGGCUUUCUCCAGAAAUCACAUGCCUAGAUGACAUUAGGAAAUUAGACAGGUUUAAAGAACCUCCAGCCUUUGGCCCAAUGUGUGACCUACUCUGGUCUGAUCCCUCAGAGGAUUAUGGCAAUGAGAAGACCUUGGAGCACUUCACCCACAAUACUGUCCGAGGGUGCUCCUACUUUUACAGUUACCCUGCUGUUUGCGAAUUUUUGCAAAACAAUAGUUUGUUAUCAGUAAUCAGAGCCCAUGAAGCCCAAGAUGCCGGGUAUCGAAUGUACAGGAAGAGCCAGACAACGGGUUUUCCGUCACUUAUUACCAUUUUCUCUGCCCCAAAUUACCUAGAUGUCUAUAACAACAAAGCUGCUGUGCUAAAGUAUGAAAAUAAUGUCAUGAACAUCAGGCAGUUUAACUGUUCUCCUCACCCCUACUGGCUUCCAAACUUUAUGGAUGUCUUUACGUGGUCGUUGCCUUUUGUCGGGGAGAAAGUCACAGAAAUGCUGGUUAACAUUCUCAACAUAUGUUCUGAUGAUGAGUUGAUUUCAGAUGGUGAGGAGUCAUUAGAAGGAGGUACAACUGUCCGUAAGGAGAUCAUCAGAAAUAAGAUCAGAGCCAUUGGAAAGAUGGCACGUGUCUUUUCGGUUCUUCGAGAGGAGAGUGAAAGUGUGUUAACUCUCAAGGGCCUGACUCCCACAGGUACACUGCCCCUGGGGGUCCUCUCAGGGGGAAAGCAGACUCUACAGACAGCCACAGUAGAAGCGGUAGAGGCACGGGAAGCCAUCCGAGGGUUUUCGCCGCAGCAUAAGAUUCGCAGCUUCGAGGAGGCGCGCGGCCUAGACCGAAUCAACGAGCGCAUGCCACCCCGCAAAGACAACGUCCACCCCGACGGGCCGGUGAAUUUGGUAACCUCAACAAACUCCGCGGACAAGAACAGCGCUGGGAAGAAGGCCCAGUAAUCCUGCCGCGGCACCACGAACGGAUCCGAAACUUAAAAACGAAUUUUAUUUAUUUAUUAUUGGAAAGCAAAAACAAACUUAAACCUGGAGGCACAUUCAUGAUGCAGUCUGCAUUUAUCCUGUAAGAAAGGUGACCAUUUUGUAAAUUUUUUUAUUUAUGUUCAAUAUAUAAAAAAGUCCAUCUUUUUCUUUUUUAAAAAAAAAAAAUUUUUAGAAAUCGACCUGAUCAGUAGAACAUAUAUGAAAUAUUGUGCCGUCAGGCUGAUCUCCCCCAACAAUUAGAGGGCCUCUGGAAACCGCAGCCCUGGUUAUCUGGCCCCAAAUGCUCCAUUAGUCCUCUGCUUUUGAAAGGCACUAUUUUCUUUUUUCAUUUAAGACCGGCUACUUCCUCCCCGCACUUGAAGGAAUUUUCUUCCACUUACCGCGUAGGUGCGCCUGCUUCUUUAGCCAUUGUUUCUGGGGAAGACCUGGUAGGAUGUGGUGGGCUGAGCCCAUUUCUCUACUUGUGGAAGACUUGAAUAGGGGGUGAAACCCAAGUGGAGAACCCCAACCCCAAAAAGCCCAGUAGGUGUGUUUUUUUCCCAGAAUGGCCAACUCUCUUCAAGACUCCCAGUUUCUUUAAGUGUGUACUAGUGAAGCAAAAUUAAAAGUAAUAUGAAUAAACGAUGCUCUUAGAAUGAAUUAAACUUUUCAAUCGAACAACAGAUGUGAUUGGUGUAAGACUUCCCUAUAGGGGUUUUUUUGGGGGGGUGGGGGGGUGAUUCUUGAAAAGCUGUAAUUGUUGCCGAAACAUUUGAGACUUUUGCCUCCUUGUCCAUAUCCCCGGUGAGCUGCACGACUGCUCCAUCUGCAAAGAGCCACAUAUGUCCAUGUGUCCUGAAAGUGCAUCUAAGUGCCCUCUAAUUAAAAUCCCACAACCUGAAUUUUUCAUUUUCUCUCUCUUUCUCUCUCCCUCCCCUGCCUUUGCCUUUUAUCCCUCUCCUCCCACUCUCUCUCCCCCACCACCUCCUUCCUUUCUCUCCCUCUCUCUUUUGCCCUGUCUUUCCAUAUCAUGAGACCCAAGCAGGAGUCAUUGAAAUUGAUUCUUGAUUGUCAGUUUCCCCCUGUGAAACGUAAUAUUUGCCAAAGGCCCCUGAGCGAGUCCAAAGAGAGGCUUCUCCUCUUACUGCUUCGGCCAGUAAAGUGUUUUCCUACCUUUCUCAGCACUCUAUGUGGAAUAUCAGAUGAGCCACCGUGAUUGCCGUAGUUUGAACCUUGAGGGUAUGAGAUCGGAAAUUACAAGCGAAUGACUUGAGCGUGGACUCCACAACCUCGAGCUCACCAUCUGCUUAACUGAAUUUUUCUUGAGUUCAAGGCACUUUAUUUAUUUUCCCCAGGCGGCGGGGAGGCAUCUGCCAACUCAUAAACAUCAGUUUAAUCAACUGGUAGGUGCACCCUUAUCAGUGCCCCAAAAUACAGGCUUUUUCCCUAGCAAUGUCCUGUAGUUGUGGAAUUCCAGCACUAAUAGCAGUAUCUCAGACAGUACUGACUGCUUCAGUUUGGCAGAACCUGUUACUCCUUGUAAAGGAGAUGGCCGAAGGUAUUCCCAAAUAGGCUCUUGGCUUCCGUUAGCAGUCUGAGAUCUUAAUGCAUCUUUUUCUUUUAACCUAAUGGUAGUUGUACCAGUUAUACCUGCUUUAUACCCGGUGAUCUAAGCAAAUUAAGACAUGUUUAGUGGUUGGAAUUGGGUGCCAUGGUGUUUUCUGCCUUUGGAAAGCCGGCAGGAAGCGUAUGUUGCGCAUCUCUUAAAUUGAGUUCUGUGGGUUGCUUCCCUUACUUGAACCUGGUGAUGGGGAGCGGGAACGAGUAAGCUUUCACUGUAUAGUUUAGGUGUUUCAUUACAUAUUGUUGUUUUUUUGUGUCCAUGUUAGAAACCGAUCAGCUAGACAGUCUCCAAAUGGAUCUUUUCAGUGUUAGGUAGUCUCACUUGUCCAAGAGUCUGGAGUAAUGAGAAAGGCAAUCACCAGCAACAGAAAGAAUAUGGAGCCAAAGGAUCGUUUCCCCUAUCUCUUGUUCACGGUGGCCAUGACCUCAUCAGACCAAGCCACAGACAGGCCAGGUUUAAGGGCAGGGCCAUUUCAAAUGAUGCAUCAGCUCUUUAAAGAAGGAUGCGGAGAAUAAGAAGUGGUGCUGUUGCCUUCAAGCAGUGACUUGGAAGUAAUUCUGGUAGCGGUUUGGCCCUGGGAGUCGUGGUAGGGGAACUGAUGUGCAGAGUUAUCUCGUUUCUGAGCUGUCGGCGGUGGUUUUGUCAGGGGGCCUGUGCAGACAGGAGAUUGGGUCUUAGGCGAAGUCAGCUUUGAGAAGUUGACGGUGGAAUCUUAAGGGUCGUUGGAAAUUGAAAGACGUUGCUUUAGUUAAAGAUGUUUUGGCAGUUUACCUCCUGAAGUUCUGGAGAAAUCAUUCAUUUUUGGAAGAAAAAACAUUGGGUAGCACCUAGAAGUUGAGAUCUAAGAUACUCGUAUUUUAUAAAAGCCCUUCCAUGUUUGAUUCCAUCCAGUCUUGGAAAUUUCCAUUUCUCUGGGAGAAUUUCGGCUCAGAAAGUCCCCCUUUCAUCCUCCACGUCACUUCUAAGUCUCAUCUAUCCAAGUCACGGUCCCCCAACGGAAAGGUGUCAUGUGCUGAAUUUCCCACAUACACCAGGGUUUCCCUUUUGCCCGUCUCAGCAGCCUUGGGAGAACGGGCUCGAGUCUCCCUUUGCUUGCCUGAAAACCAUUCUCCACUCUGAAUGUGCCAAGUAAUACCUCCCUCUGAGGGUAAUGAGAGUAAUACCUCUCCCUCCCUCUGUAUAGUCCAAAGGGGAUUUCCUUUCUCUUGUGGUUCCUUUCUCCACCUGGUACGAAUUGCUACUUCUAGCCCCACCACACAAAGCGUUUACUUGUACCUGUAAAGCAGAACAAAACAAUACACCCCACCGUUUUUGAAAUGUCCCUUUAAAAUGAUGCAUUACAUGCACUACAAUUUCAGAAUUUGUCUCACUUCAGAUGAAACAUUGAACUAGUGGAUUUUUUUUUUUAAAUUAUCAGCCUACUGAAAAAAACCCCACCCAACUUUGUAUUUUGACUUUCCGAAAGUUUGGGGAGUGGAAGGGUGUGACUCCAUUUUUUCCUCAUUAAAUCAUUUGGCAAACGGAGUUUCUUAUCAAAGUGAGAGCCCCCUCAAUCAUGUCAUUUACUUUGAAAGAGGGCCCUUGUUAGUUUUAAAACUAACUUCCACUUUUAGGAAGAGAAAGCUGUUCUCUUCUCAGCAAAUCUUUUUCUUUACCUUGUAGAAACGUUUCCACUAGAAUCCCUCAUUACUGAUUCCCUCUUGUGUCUUCUGCCCAGAAGGCCUCUGGCCAAGAUGGGCAUUAGCUUUGGGUUGCUUAAUGCUCUAUGGUUUUGGUGGCUCCUUUCUCAGGGAGUAGGGGACAGGGCUGUCAAAUUCCAGUAUUUUUCCACCCAUGUGUAUUCUACAUGCCCAUUAAACACUGGGAUGUUAUAAUAAAGUCCUGCUUCCCUUCA